CCUUUUGCUUCACAUCCAAGCUCAGUAUAUCCGAGCUCUCAGUUUUCUCCUUUGUACCCCUUUUCUUUGUUACUGAAAAAUGGCAUUCCAAAAAGCAUUUGCUGCUUUGCUUAUUGCCUCCUUCAUGCUUUUCCAUUUCACUAAUGCCUUUCAAAAGGUUGACUACAGCGAGCCAUCAGCACCAGCACCAGCCCCUCAAGUUUCACAGCCACUAAAUUGCACAGGAGCCUGUGAAUAUAGGUGCAGCAAGUCGUCUCGGCCAAAUCUAUGCAACAGAGCAUGUGGAAGCUGCUGCCAUAGAUGCCACUGCGUGCCACCAGGGACCUCUGGCAAUUAUGAAGCUUGUCCUUGCUAUUUCAACCUUACUACUCAUAACAACACCCGCAAAUGUCCUUAAAAUUUAUCAGCCAAAGUUCCUCUAGUUUGUCGUUCUCCAAAGGGAGUCUAUUUUCAAAAGCAAGUGUAGCAUUAAGCUUAUUGGAUUGUGUUGUGUCCAAAUAAACAAGCCAGCUGUUCAUUUUGAUAUUCAAUUCAUUUGUUCUCUCUGUGUACGAGGUUUGUAAUUGAACAAUGGAUAUUUAUUUGA